AUGCCUGCCGACUACCACUCUGCCGCCCAGGCCCUUGCGCUCUCGCCAUCGCGCGGCUCGUCGCCUUCUCCCUCGCUUCCUCCGUGGUCGUCAUCUGCCGCCGCUGCCCGCCGUCGCCUGUCCAACCCGCUCGCUCGCCCCUCGAGCCAUGGCGCCGGCUCCUUCGUCGGUCGCAUCGCCGCCUCGACCCAGCUCCUCGGCCAGCAGACCCUCAAGAUGUACCUGCGCCUGACGCCGCUGCAGCGCCUGCUCGCCGCUGUCGGCUUCGUGGCCGCUGCCGUCUUCGGCAUCCUCGCCAUCAUCUACUCGCACUCCUUCUUCGCCUGGCUGACCCCCUAUGCCAAGUCGUGGCGCGAGAUGCCGGCCGGCUGGAUGCUCAUCUUCCUCUUCAUCUUCAUCACCUCGUUCCCGCCCAUCGUGGGCUACUCCACCGCCGCCACCAUCUCCGGCUUCGUCUACGGCUUCCCCUGGGGUUGGCCCGUCGUCUCCGCCGGCUGCACGCUCGGCGCUCUGGGCGCCUUCAUGGCGAGCCGCACCAUCCUCAGCGGCUACGUGGACCGCAUGGUCGGCAAGGACCACCGCUUCGUCGCCCUCAGCCAAGUCUUGCGCCAGGAGGGCAUCUGGUACUUGACGGCUAUCCGCUUCUGUCCGCUGCCGUUUAGCUUGAGCAACGGUUUCCUGGCCACAAUUCCCAGUGUUACCCCAUUGGCAUUUACUCUCUCCACCGCAUUGUCGAGCCCCAAGCUACUCGUCCACGUCUUCAUCGGCAGCCGCCUGGCCCUCCUCGCUGAAAAGGGCGACCAAAUGUCCGCCGGCGACAAGGCCAUCAACUACGUCAGCAUGGCCAUUGGCGGCGCCGUUGGCCUCACUGUCGGUCUCAUCAUCUACCGCCGCACCAUGGCUCGCGCCGCUGAGCUCGCCCGCAAUGACGCUCGCGGUGCUGCUGCUGAAGAGGGCGACGCCGGUUACGAGGAUGUCGAAUCCUCAUCCCUCAUAGACCCCGAGGACGCAGCUGUACUUAUGUCCGAUGACGAUAUCUCUCUGUGGGGCAGGGACGACGCCGUGUAUAGAGACGAGGAUGAUGACGAGGAUGCGCCCUUGAGCAAGGCCAAGACGAACCAGGACUAG